GUCGUUUCUCUGUAUAUACAACUAUACCUCCUGCUCUCUUCGAAACACUUCAGAACAGAACUUGGGCUCAGUACAAAACGCUACUUGCUGACUGCCGGUUCGCAGUUACCUCGCGGAACUCCGGCUUGAAUAAACGUUGGCACAUUUCCCUAAGUCGUGUAUUUAAUUUAUAUUUUUGUGCCUGAUCUCGAAAGUAUGAAUGCUCGAAUUGUGAACUUAAAUUUAGGAAUAGUUUUAGAUUUUUGAAUUUCUUCCUUUACUGCAGUUUUAUCGAUUUUAUCCAACAGUAGAAGUUAACUUUAAUAAUAAUUAUUAAAUAUAUCAUUAAAAGAAGAAGUAUUAAAGACUUCAACACAAUUACUUAGUUUUAUAAACGUUAAUCAAGAAGAAAAUUUUUUAGAGUGAUAAUUAACGUAUAUUUUUAUUGAUAAAAUUGUUUUUGAUUUAUUUUUAUAAAACAUUUUCUUCGGUGAUUUUUUACCCACUUAAUUUAUUUGUGUAAAUGGCAUCUUUCCGUCGAAUAACAGAUCGAUUAACAUGUCGCCAAGUAUUAAAUAUCAUGGUAAUUUUCGGAUUUAUGCUCAACUAUAUGCUGAGAGUAAAUCUAACUAUUGCCAUUGUUGCGAUGGUCUACCCAAAGAAUUCUUCACAUUCCAAUUCAACUGAAAUUAGUCACGAGUGUUCUGGAAUUGCAACAAUUGUUAAUAUUACUCAAAUACAAAAUGAGAAAUUGACUACAGAUGUCAAUGACAGUAAUUUAGCUAGUUCAUUACUUCGAGAAGGACGUCCACAAACAAAGUACCAUUGGGAUGAAUCUCAAGCAAAUUUCGUUCUUGGUGCUUUCUUCUGGGGAUAUAUUUGUACGGAAUUACCUGGUGGUCGCUUGGCUGAAGUUGUUGGUGCCAAGAGGGUGUUUGGAUACUCAAUGCUUAUCGCUAGUGUACUUACACUUUUGACACCUAUUGCAGCUACUUUUGGAUACAAAGCUGCAGCUGGCCUCCGAGUAGUUUUAGGUUUCAUGCUGGGAGCAACAUGGCCAUCAAUUCUUCCGUUAGCAUCAGUUUGGAUUCCACCUAUGGAGCGUAGCAAGUUUAUGUCCAAUAUGAUAGCAUCUUCGCUUGGAGCUGCUAUUACCAUGCCUAUUUGCGGCUUCUUAAUAGCUUCUCUUGGAUGGGAAUCUGUUUUUUAUGUUACCGGAGGAUUGAGUUUUGUCUGGAGUAUUGUCUGGUUGGUAGUUAUCUUUGAUUCGCCAGCACAACAUCCAAGAAUUACCGAUAAUGAGAGGAGGUAUAUUGAAGAAGCUAUUGGAAACACUUCUUCAAAAAAGGUGCAUGCUGUCCCAUGGAAAUCCAUUUUUACAUCAAUGCCAGUAUGGUCUAUAGUUAUAAUUCAUUGUUGCAAUGUCUUUGGAUUUUUUACUGUGAUAAAUCAGUUACCGACUUACAUGAAAUAUAUUCUAGAUUUCAAUAUUAAAGAGAAUGGUUUAUUAUCAUCUCUUCCAUAUAUUGGAAAAUAUCUUUUUGCUCUUUUAUCAGCUUAUCUUGGCGAUUAUCUUCGUCGAACAAAUAAACUCUCAGUCACUGCUAUUCGUAAACUAUUUUCUGGAAUAUGUGUUCUAACUCCUGGAUUUUGUAUGAUUCUUCUGUCUCAAUUUGGUUGUGACAGAGUUGUAGCUGUUGCUAUUUUCACAGUAGCAUUAACAAUAAAUGGUGCUGUAACAGCUGGAUUUCUUGGCAAUGGUUUAGAUAUUGCUCCAAACUUUUCCGGAACUAUCUUUGGUUUAGCAAAUACACUUAGCUCUUUUGGUGGUUACCUCAGUACUGUGAUGGUUGGUUCAUUGACAUUAGGUAAUCAAACUUACCACCAGUGGAGUAUUAUUUUCUGGAUCCUUGCGGGUAUUUACAUUUUUGGAGCCUGUGUAUAUCUUAUUUUUGGCACUGGAGAGUUGCAAAAGUGGAAUAAUCCUGAUGGGGAACAUUCAAGAAAGAAAAUUGAGCUUUCUGAUAUUAAAAAUGAAGAAGAAGCAACAUCUUUAAAUGAAAAAUUAUGAAUGAAUGACAAAAAAUAUGAAUUCAAUGGAUCAAAAUGAUUUGAAGAAUAAUUAAAAGCUACAUCAUAAUGCUGAAAAA